AUGUCCAACCUAGAGGCCCCAGACCCAGACGUGGUCCAACCCGUCGCCUUGCCCACCGCCGGCGAGGUCAAGAAAUCGUUCCAGUCGACCAGAAAGUCUCACGACGACGCCGAGCCUCACGUCGACGAGCUCGAAAAGCCCGGCCAUGCCAACUAUGACAAGAUUGACAAGGAGUUGGCCCAGUAUGCCGGUGACGGCGCUAUCGAGAUCACACCAGAGGAGAACAACCGCCUACGCAAGAUGAUUGACAAGCGCGUUCUAAUCGUCAUGGUUUCAGUCUACUUGCUCCAAGCCUUGGACAAGGGCACCAUGACAUUUGCCUCGAUCAUGGGCAUCAGGGAUUACGCCAAUCUGCAGGGUCAGGAGUAUUCGUGGCUAACCACUUGUAUUUACAUCACCAUUUUGGUUGUUGAAUACCCCCAGAACUACCUUAUUUCACGAGUUCCGGUCGCCAAGUAUCUCAGUGUGUCAGUCAUAGCUUGGGGAACAAUUCUGGCUUGCCACGCAGCUUGCCAUAACUUUGCUGGCCUCGUCACGGUUCGAAUUCUGCUCGGUCUGUUCGAGUCAGCCUGUCAGCCGGCCUUUGUCGUCUUGUCUUCUGUGUGGUACAAGAGAGAGGAACAAGCCGCCAGAGUCACCUACUGGUACAUGAUGAACGGCCUCCAGCAGAUCAUUGGCGGUCUGUUUGCAUGGGCCUUUUCUCUCAUCACCACGGGUCCUCUUCAGAGCUGGCAGUGGCUGUUCCUGGUCUACGGCGUGGUCUCGGUCAUCUUUGGUUUCUUUAUUGGCUGGUGGAUGCCCGACUCGCCUAUGCGGGCCAAGUGCUUUUCCGAGGAGGACAAGCGCCUCAUGGUGGAGAGAGUGCGAAGCAACCAGACCGGUAUCCAGAACCGCGAGUUCAAGAAAUACCAGGUAUACGAGGCCUUCAAGGACCCGCAGACUUGGUGCUAUGCUGGUAUCCAGUUCUGCACAACCCUCCCAACCAGCGGUCUGGGCUCUUUUAGCGGUAUCGUCAUCAAGAGUUUUGGUUUCUCGACUUGGGAAACUCAGCUGCUGUCCAUGGUCUUGGGUGCUUACAUCAUCAUCAUUCUGCUCAGCUCCGUUUGGCUGGUGAAGAAGUUCCAGCAGAACCUGCUCGUCAUGUUGGGCUUUGUCGUGCCGUCGUUUGUCGGCACCGCGCUCCUCAUGGCGCUCCCGAGCGAGACCCUGUCUCAGCACGUUGGACUGCUCAUUUCCUACUACAUUACCCUCUCCUUCUGGUCUGCGCAGACACUGGGCCUCUCAAUGCUGUCGCGCAACGUCGCUGGCGUUACCAAAAAGUCCGUCGUCGUCGCCACCAACUUUAUCUUCUGGGCUACAGGCAACGCCAUCGGACCCCAGGUCUUCCUCGACCGGGACCAGCCCCGGUACUUUAUCGCCUUUGCCACCCACAUUGGCUGCUACACCCUGCUCGUCUUCAUCAUCCUGUUCUUCAGGUGGCACCUCAAGCGCCAGAACAGGAAGAAGGACGAACUCGCCAGAGCUGGCGUGCACGAGGCCGCCGAUGCUCAGAAUGUUCACGCCUUUGAGGAUCUGACAGAUCGCGAGAAUCCCAAUUUCCGCUACGUCUACUAA